AUGUGGCUCCACGUAGCUGGGCUCUGCUCAGCGGCCAAACCCCGGGCAACCGCCUCGACCGGCGGGCUAAACCAGGAGGGGGCGGUUACUCCCUGUGCGCGUUGUGUCGCGUGCACAGGUGACUGCGGACUCCGUGGACGGUUGGUCGGAUGGAACACCGCGUCGGCGCCGUCGUGACGAGGCUCUGUCUGGCCCACCGCUGGUCAGCCGGCUGGUGGUGGAACGUCGCAUCGGCAUCGUCGAGACGAGGCUCCGCCCGGUACGCCGUGGAUCAGCCGGUGGAAUGGAUCUCCGAAUUGGCACCGUCGACACACGCCCAUCUGGUGCACCGUAGGAGACCGUAGGCUUGCGGCAAUGCCGUAAGCCACUGGCAAAUUCGAGUCGUUCUUCCAAUGCCAAAAAACUCGUGGCCCACAGUGGAGUUCGGCCGCGCCGGCACAUCAAGCAGCCCUAUUCAGGGUCAGGCACUGCUUCCUUCGGGGUGGGCCUGGAAAUGCUGGCCUAAAAAUUGCUGGGGAACCACGUCGUCUGCUGGCGCACCGUGGUCGCAGACGCAAAACUCACGGUCGAAACAAACAAAAUCGAAAAAAAACAACAACAACCAUACUCAUUCUACUCAUCCUACCUCCGUCUAUUCUCCUGCCUAUUCUUGUCCUUCGUCAUCUUCUUUUCCACCUCCUUCUCGUCGACCCACUCGUUUUCCCCAGACUGACAGGAUGAGCCCGCUCAAUCUGGCAGCCAGGAAUGUUCGCUCCCUUUUAGACAAUCCAAAGAGCAACCGACCGGAACGGAGGACGGCGCUAGUGGCACGAGAACUGGCGCGCUACAACGUGGACAUCGCCGCACUCAGCGAGACCCGAUUCUCCGAACAAGGCCAACUGGAGGAGGUGGGUGCCGGUUACACCUUCUUCUGGAGUGGUCGACCCAGGGCAGAGCGACGAGACGCGGGCGUCGCCUUCGCCAUCCGGACCGACAUCGUGGGAUGA